CUCUAUCAACGACAGUCACCAUGCAUUUAUCGUCGGCUAUUCAGUCAUUACACCUAUCUUUUUGUCUUUCUUUCUUUACCCUUUCUACUACAAAAUAAUACUCUGGUUUUUAUUUCUAUAAUAAUAAUAGUAAUUACUACAUAACAACCACGCCUUUCGGAUUAGCUACAAAAUACUAAAUUAAUACGGCAGAUUCCAAUCUUUUCUCCAUAGAGCAACCAAACAUGCCAUAAAUUCCAUAACCCAAUUCUCCAACCAGGAAGAGAGAAAGAUUAUCAGUAUGGGUGAUGUCUCGAGCCCAUACAUUCAGCCGCCCCCACUUCCUGCACAGAGAAACAAUAUGCCAAUGGUGUACUACGGUCUUGUAAUUAUAGGAACAGCUGCUAUAGUUCUAGCCAUAUACAACCUUAUCAUCAUCAGGUGGUGCACACAUCAACAUCGUCAGGACCACUCAUCAGGCCAGGGACCAAACCGAUUUGUGGAGGUAACAACAGCUAGUCAAAGUUCUAGCAAUUUAUUGACAAGCUUCAAGUACAAGAAAGAUAAUUUGAUUGCAAAAGAUCAUGGCAGUAGUCACUACGAAUGUGCAGUUUGCUUAUCUGUGUUUGAAGAUGGGGAAGAGGUAAAGAAAUUGCCAGGAUGCAAUCACUCUUUUCAUGCUUCUUGUAUAGAUAUGUGGUUAUAUUCCCACUAUGAUUGCCCUCUUUGCCGUGCUCGAGUCGACCCUCUUCCUCCUUCCUUCUACCGUCGACAUUCAGUUCCUACUGCCUCAGACAAUUCUCAAGAAAAUUUGUUGGGUGGGAACAAUCAUUUCUUGCCUCUUUCUUAGUCAUUAAUUUAAGCUGCAAAUCUGCUCGCUAUCAGGUCACAAGCAGUUCCUGAUUUUUUAUUUUUAUUUUUUUCCAUUUUUCUUUUCUUUUUCUUCUUCGGAGGGUCUGUUUUUCUUGUUCUGUUGUAUUUCUGGAUUAGGAAGGUAAAUCUGGACGGCUUUUGUUGAUGAUUACUAUGAUUGCUUUGGUAAGCAAUAUCUUUUAAUUUUCUUUUAUUUUUUUCCCAAUAGAUAAGAAGUUUCCAUAGAUGGUUGGGGAUGUACAUGUGGUGUGAGUUGGUAUUGACAGAAGAAUAUUAUUAGUCCACUUUGUCUAUACAAUAUUCCUUUUCUGUGGA